CCCAAAUAAUGUCUCUACCCUUUUCCAGAAAAGAAAUUCACCAUCGGUCGGACCGAUCCCAUUUGGGGGCCUUUCGCAACUUGGUCUUUUGCAUGCUCAGUUCUCAGUCACACACAGUGUGAACUAAACGACGGUUUAUUGAUCCCAAAUUCCAAGUGCGGAAUCUCACGCCACUGAUUUCCAUCGUCUACUGCCGCGGUACUUCUCUCUGCGCCUCCCUGUUAAUCACGAUGAGGACAUGGGAGAAUUCCGAUGCUCCAGUAUUUUGAAAACGAUGAAGAGCAAGUGUAGGGUUUGGUGGCCUGCUCAUCUCUCCCCAACAACCCAACCACAGUCUUCCACCUUCUUGUUCGGUUGGUUCGUUACAUCGUCUUCUUCUUCCUCUGCUUCUGUUCCUCUAGAAGUUAUCGUAGCAUUUUUAAUCGAUGAAGCUGCCUUCUCUUCUAUCGGAUCUGAUCUCGAGGGGAUACUUCACAAGAUAAAUAAAAGAAUGCCAACAUCUUUACAAAAUAGAUGUGGGCUCUCUAUGCUUGGUUAUUGUUCAGCAAGCUCUUCUAGCAAUGGUCAUUUGGGUCAACAAUUUGAACAAAUUAUAUCAGAGGAUACAGUUGGACACCAGAUCUGUGGAUGCCAUAAAGUUGAUGGAUCGCUAGAACACUAUAAAGAUUUCACAAAAAGCGAUUCAAUCCAACUUGUAUGUGGCUCUUAUAUCCGCACCAGUAGAAAAUUGGGAUGGAUUCCUAAAUUACAUCACAUACAUUGGAAUGAGCAAGUUGUUUCCAAUCUUGAUCUCCACGUAUUAAUUUAUGGAACUCCUAGAUUUGGGCGUCACCAUUUCUCCUUAGGCACCCAACAUUCUUCUGAUCAUGCCAAAAAAAUUUCAAGAAAACCAGAGUGGGUGGAAGGCCUUAACCAAAAGAAGCCCGUUCUUGACUUGGAUACUGUCAUUCUUGCCACCAACUGUGCUGCUGCUGCCACCUCAUUUUUUGAAGAACAAGUGUCACCUCAUAGACCUUCACAUUUCUAUGUUCACAUUUUCAAGUUUAUCACUUUGAUAUGGCAACUAUUGGCUGUGUUUGUUGCUUCAGUUUCCACAUCCGUGUAUAUAGUUCUCCAGCUACUCCAUUUUCUUAUAAGCUAUGGAUUAGAGUCUUUUAUAUAUGUUACAUUACACAAUUUAUUCCCUCACACCUCAAGGAACAUCCGUGUCCGAUGUUGUCAAAUCUUGUAUUGGCCAAUCUUCCUUCACACCAAUGAUUCCAGGUCCGGAUCAUGUGUGGAGUAUGCAGAGAAAGCUUCACAACGCAGACAUUCCAUGUGGUUGAGUGUAGUCAUCGACAUCCUGUUAGGGAACCUUUUUGGCCUUACAUUGCUGACUCAUGCAAAUUCCGCUUGUUUGACGAUUUUGACCUUCACUGGUGAUGUUACAAACAACUGGUGGCUCAUUAGCUGUGCACGAUUAAUGGGAAACCCUGCUGGUUUUAAGCUGAACACUGAGCUUGCAGGAGUUCUUGGCACUCUUUCUUUAAAUGCAAUUCAAUUUUGGUCUACAGUAUUAGGCUCCAUGCGUUUUCUUUUUAUUUUUUUCAUUAAAGGGUUAGCGAUAAGCGGGGUUAUUUUUGGCAUUACAACCCCUGCUGCAUUAACACUUGACAUGAUUACUAUCUCAACAACACAUAUUUCAACUCUACAUUGGUUAAUAUCACUCAUUUAUUCGAGGCAGAUACAGGCAACGACAGCAUUGUGGCGUCUUUUCAGGGGGCAAAAAUGGAAUCCGCUUCGUGAGAGGUUAGAUAGCUAUGAUUACACAGUGGAACAACAUAUUGUUGGGUCUCUGUUGUUUACUCCACUUCUGCUUGUGCUACCAACUACUUCAGCUUUUUAUAUGUCGUUUACUAUUAUGUAUACGACAAUUGGGUUUAUAUUGAUGAUUAUAGAGAUAUUUUCUGUUGAUUUAAAGGAAAGUGUUGGAUCAGAUGUUUUGGUCUCAUCUCUUCAUAGUUAUUCUUAUACGCUAGGAGAAUUGGUGAAGCCACACUUUAGUUACCUACGUUCUGCUGUUUCAAGAUCAUCAAUUAGCUCAUCAGUGUAUGGAGUUUUCAGUGGAAGAAGUUUGUCUUCUCGGCUAUACAAGCUUCCAGUUGCACCUGGUGCGGGCGUUGAUGGGAAAAUGCCAUGGAUGUGGAUCCCAUUGAAGGAAUAUUGGAUGCUUUGUUAUGAUGCUGUCUUUGCGUGUAAUCCGGCUAAAUGUUAAAUGUUAAAUGUUGAUGGGAAUUUUGUAUAUGUUUGGUUUUGUGAGGAGGAUUAGGUAGGAGUAGGAGACAAGUUGAGGAAUAUGGUUUUAUUGUUGUGUGCGUGUGUGUGAUCUGAUGAAAUUUUGGUAUGUAUCAUGUCAGAUUGUGUAAUUUUGGUAUGAAUUCACUUAUGAAAUUUUGAUAUGAUAUAUUAUGAAUUCACAUACA